UUACGAUUUCUCCUUUACGUACCAUACUGAAUGCCGAAAAGACACUAUAAAAGAGGAUACUGGAGAAGGAUAGGUUUGAUUUUGAUAGUAAUGGUUAGUUACUUUUCAAAGCAGUGCUCAGAAAGUGAAAGUAAAUUCGUCGUUUCAGCUUUUAAAAGAAACAGAAAUGGAUUCAAAAUCUGUGGAAGAGCUUUCCUGUCCCGUGUGCUGUGACAUCUUUAAGGAUCCUGUUCUUCUGUCCUGCAGUCACAGUAUUUGUAAAGAGUGUCUUCAAAAGUUCUGGAGAAUCAAGGACACUCGGGAGUGUCCUGUCUGCAGAAGAAGAUCCUCAAAAGAGGAGCCUCCACGUAAUCUAGCGUUGAAAAACCUGUGUGAAUCACUGCAAAAGAAAAGUAAUGAGAGAAGUUCAUCGGGAUCUGAGGAGAUCUGCAGUUUACACAGUGAGAAACUCAAACUCUUCUGUCUGGAGGACAAACAGCCGGUGUGUUUAGUGUGCAGAGACUCAGAGAAACACAUCAAUCACACAUUCAGACCCAUCAGAGAAGUGUUUUCAUCUCACACGGAGAAACUGAAUACGGCACUGGGAUCUUUACAAAACAAGCUCAAACAUGCAGAAGAAAUGAAGGCAGAGUGUGAUAAAACAGUGAAGCACAUCAAGUCUCAAGCCGAGCACACAGAGCGUCAGAUUAAAGAAGAGUUUGAGAAGCUUCAUCGGUUUCUCAGAGAUGAAGAAGCAGCUACAAUCACUGCACUGAGAGAGGAAGAGGAGCAGAAGCAGCAGAUGAUGAAAGAGAAGCUGGAGGAGAUGAACAGACACAUCUCAACUCUUUCACACACAAUCAGAGACACAGAGGAGAUGAUGAAGGCCAGCGACGUCUACCUCCUGAAGAACUUUCACAUCAUGAUGGAAAGAGUCCAGAUCUCAUCACAGCUGGAUCCACAGAUGAGUUCGGGAGCUUUGAUUCGUGUUUCCCAUUACUUGAGUAACCUGCCGUUCAGAAUCUGGAGGAAGAUUCAAGAAACUCUCAAACACACUCCGUUGACUCUAGAUCCAAACACAGCAGCUCGUUCUCUCACACUCUCUUCUGAUCUGACCAGUGUGUCGUACGGUGAAUAUCAAGAUGUUCCUGAUAAUCCAGAGAGGUUCGAUGAGUAUCUCUGUGUUCUGGGUUCUGAGGGCUUUGACUCGGGAACACACUGCUGGGAUGUGGAGGUUGGAGACAAUACGCUCUGGAGUGUUGGAAUAACCACAGCAUCAAACCAAAGGAAGGGAGAUGUUUUCUUCAGCACUAAUAUCUGGCUUGUGCGGUACAUCAACAACAAAUACAGCUCACAGUCCCCAGAUCAACGCUUGACUAGCUUCACUGUUAAAGAGAAGCUUCGGCGUGUGAGAGUUCAGCUGGACUGUGACAGAGGAAAAGUGUCCUUCUCUGAUCCUCUGACAAACAUCUGUCUGUGUUCAUUCACAACAACCUUCACGGAAACUGUCUUUCCAUUCCUAUGUAAUUGCUGCAAAACUUCCCCUCUGAGGAUCUUACCAGUUAAACCGAUCAAAUAAGCUGAACAGAAAAUGUAUUGCUAGAUAAAUUAAGAUACAAAAAUGUGUUGUUUUCAUUGUUUUGAGUGACUGAACUAGGUAUUGCUCCAAAUAUUUGAAUUUUUAUUUUUACCCGGCCCCUCCUACUCAGACUUGUCGCACACGCAGGUUGCCAGAUUCCCACUCAGACCCCUUUCAUUUUCCAGCUUCCAUGAUUGAAAUGCAAUCCGCGGUGUUUUCCGCCAACUGGCAACCCGGGGUUCCGAAAUACGUUUGGGUGAACUGACAGUGGGCGGGUUUCACAAACCAAAACAGAAGCCGACAUUCCGGGCCGGAACACACAUUUUCAAAGGAGAAUAGUUGACUGUAGUAUUGUUUUUUAGAUAAACAAGUAUGUUAACUUUGCGUGUUUCUUAAAUAUCUGCAAACACAUUAUAGUAUUUUUAUGCUUUAGUAGAGUCAAAAUCUAAAGUCUAAAACGUUGUUCGAGCUACUCUAACACAGUUUUCACAAUUCCAAUUGAUUUCUGUUUUGUUUUGUUUAUUGUAUUAUUGAAAAAGAAAUGUAGGACAGGACUUCUGUUCAGGACUUCAGGUUCUGUUCAUCUGUUGACUCGAUUUUGAUAGAUGUUUGGAUUUGAUUGAUUUUGCAGCUGAUGUUGGAGAGAUGGGUUUUAGCUUAAUUACUUUAUAAUUACUGCAAAAGUCCAGUGUACAUCACCAGAAAAGUCUUUAUAUAAAGAAAGUAUAUAUUUUC